GUCUCUGCAAACCCAAAGGCCCCUCACCUGCUCGGAAAACCUCUGCUGCUGCGAUUCCGUCUCUAAGGGUAGCUCUCUCUCCGGCUAGGCUUCCUACAUCAUGGCGACGGCCACCACCACCGCACAGUCUGGGCCGCGACAACUGUCGCAGAAGGAGGCCGACAUCCAGAUGAUGUUGGCGGCUGAGGUCCACCUCGGCACCAAGAACUGCGACUUCCAGAUGGAGCGCUACGUUUUCAAGCGCCGCAACGACGGUAUCUACAUUAUUAACCUGGGGAAGACAUGGGAGAAACUCCAGAUGGCAGCGAGAGUUAUUGUUGCUAUCGAGAACCCUCAAGACAUUAUCGUACAGUCUGCGAGGCCAUAUGGGCAGAGGGCUGUUCUGAAGUUUGCCCAGUACACCGGUGCUCAUGCCAUUGCUGGGAGGCACACUCCUGGAACUUUUACCAACCAGCUCCAGACCUCGUUUAGUGAGCCUCGUCUCCUUAUCUUGACUGAUCCAAGAACUGAUCACCAGCCAAUCAAGGAAGCUGCUCUGGGGAACAUCCCAACAAUUGCAUUCUGCGACACUGACUCACCCAUGCGAUAUGUCGACAUUGGCAUCCCUGCCAAUAACAAGGGAAAGCACAGCAUCGGGUGUCUUUUCUGGCUGUUGGCAAGGAUGGUCUUGCAAAUGCGUGGAACCAUCCCACCUGGUCAGAAGUGGGAUGUGAUGGUGGACUUGUUUUUCUACAGGGAGCCUGAGGAGGCCAAGCAACUAGAAGAGGAGGAAGUUGUUGCUACUGCUAAUUAUGGAAUUACAGAAUACAAUGCCGGUCUCCCUGCUGAGCAAUGGACAACUCAAAUCGCUGAUGGUCAGUGGGGCGCUGAUGCGACCGCACCUCCCGAUGGUCAGUGGGGCGCUGAUGCGACCGCACCUCCCGAUGGUCAGUGGGGCGCUGAUGCGACCGUACCUCCCGUGGCUGCAGUGGCAGCUACUGAUGGGUGGACAGAGUCAGCUCCUCCGCCGGUGGCAGGUGAUGGGUGGGAAGUGGCCCCACCUCCGCCAGGUGCUGGUGUUCCUCCCAGUGGCUGGGAAUGAAAUCGUAUGCUUUAUUAAUUAUGGAUAAGCAAAGGAGGGUUUGAGACAUUAUUUCGCCUUUCAUCUCUCGGGUUGUCCUAUGGAUUGUUUUUGUUCUCUUUUUUUACCCUUUACAAAGGCACAGUGUUAGUAUGCAUAGGUGGAUGAAUUCUUAGAGACUCGAGGUUGAAUUUUGGCAUCUCAGCAAAUGUUUAGAUUAUAUAUUCCGCAUAUGGAAAGUCUUUCAUCUUA